CUGGUGUAUAAGUCAAGCUGAUGGCGAGUAACGUCGGAAUGGUCGACAUUUUGAAUCAGGACACCUAUUCCCAUGCUUCUGCUCAAAUCCUGCCAAGCAGCAGGCGAUCUAGCAUAUGACUGGGUUCGACUUGGCUAGCCCACUGGUAGGGCUUGCGGUUGACGGCCUUCUGGAUCCCAACAUCCGCAUGAUUCAACGUGGGAAAUUGUUGAAUACUUCGAGGCAAGCAGUCUACAUCAGUGCUCUAGGGAUAGGGCCUCUGGUGGAUGUGGACUUACGUUGUAUGAGUAUAAGGACUCAUCCUCUGCAACAGAAACGAACUACAGGGUGGGUAUUGCGGUUGCUGUGUUACAUCUCACUCGGUCGAGACAUCUGGUCUCAGGUUGAUGUGCUGUUCAAUCAAUGCUGGGAAAUACCCUGGCCGCAGCUAAUUUAUAUGGCUCGUUGGCAAUGUUGUGAUGAAAGAGCCUUGCUGGGUCGGACCGAGGCUACCGUGCAGGAUAGAUCUCCUAUGCCGCUGAGAGAAUCCGAGCAUGGAAGCAAAGUCAGAGUAAUCAAGGAUGUUCUAAAGUCAUGAUGGAUGCUGAUUUAAGAUUUCGUCAUGGACGUAUUCAACCUAAAAAGAGACCUCAGCAAAGCCAUCUGAUACAAUGAAACACUUCGAUCAGAGUUCCCCAUGCGGAACUGGAAGGGGGUGGUGAACUUGGAAGGUGAAAUUAUAGUCAUUUGUAGUUAUUUGCUUUUUUAGCCUUCAGUCUAAUGCUGGGAACAAGAAC